UCGGGCUUAUCCGCUGGGAAGGCGGGGCUUUAACGUCAUGACGCACUUGCGCCGGGUGAGCUCCGCCCCCUUGCGACGUGCUGCGGGUUUGAACGCGGUUCCCGGGGAGACAGCUCAGGCCGUGGCGUGCUAUGGAGCCGAGAGUAGUCAAGCCGCCCGGGCAGGAUAUCAUAGUAGAGCGUCUCAAAAGCCGCUAUGGACUUGGGGGCAGCUGUUCCGGCGAGCAUGAUUUUUCAAAUUUUGAUAAGGCUAAAUGUAAGAUAAGAUCUCUGACCUCCCCAGAUGAUUUUGACAUCUACUCCUCAGGAGAUAAAGUUGGUUCAACAGUAAGAUAUUAUUCUGAUGAAAGAACGAAAUGUAUAACACCUUUUGGCAGUUCAUUCAAACACUUAAAUAUGAAUGGCCUAGAUGAUGAACUGGAUUGUUUUCAUGAUUCGAAGAAACAAGAAGCAGAAGAAUUAAUUGAGAAUGAUCAUAGAGUUAACACUUCAAAAAUAAUGAAACAGUCUUUUAAAGAAAUUGAAAAAGGUGCCCUGCCAACUAAUGCCUCAUUGAGACUUCGGACUGAAUGUUGUAGUGAUGCUAGCACCUCUCCUUUGAAACAUACUAGCCAUCCAAAAUCUAAAGAAUCUAACAAGCAGAGUUUACUUCCACAUCAAAUAAAUCAGAUUUAUGAUGAAUUAUUUCAAAUACAUCUGAAACUGCAGUGUGAAACCACAGCGCAACAGAAAUUUGCUGAAGAACUUCAAAAACGAGAACGUUUUUUAGUAGAAAGAGAACAGCUGCUUUUCAGACAUGAAGAUGCCUUGAGUAAAAUUAAAGGUGUUGAAGAAGAGGUUCUUACAAGAUUUCAAAUUGUGAAAGAGCAACAUGAUGCAGAAGUUGAACAUUUAACUGAAGUUCUUAAGGAAAGGAAUAAAGAAAGCAAGAGACUGAGAUCCUCUUUUGAUGCACUAAAAGAAUUGAACGAUAACUUAAAAAAACAGCUAAAUGAAGUAAGUGAAGAAAACAGGAAGAUGGAAAUUCAGGCUAAAAGAGUUCAAGCUCGUUUAGAUAAUUUACAGAGAAAGUAUGAGUUUAUGACAAUACAGAGAUUGAAAGGAAAUUCCCAUGCUGCUCAUGAAGUAAAAAGUUUAAAACAAGAAAAAGUACCAGUUUCAAAAACUUUAAAGGUACCACUUAAUGGACAAGUAUAUGAACUCUUAACUGUCUUCAUGGAUUGGAUAUCAGAACAUCACCUUAGCAAAGUGAAAAAUGAAGAAUCUGGUAUGGAUGGUGAAAAACCAGCCCUGAGAUCUUCUCAGAGAAAUGAUAUUCAAGAGAAGUGUGUAAAG